CUCGGCAGCGCACCGCCCGAUGAAGCCACUCCCGGAAGUCAAGCGCUCUCUCCCGGAAGUCAGGCGGCUUCUCCCGGAAGUCAGGCCGCCUGUACUUCCCCUCCGCUACGGCUCCACCUGUUUGGGAGGGCAGUGCACGCCAUGGCACGGGUUAGCGAUGAGUUCUGCUUUGACCCCAUAGACAGAGGUCUUGCCUUAAGAUCAGUGAAUUCUUCUCGGUCAGCAUAUGCGUAUGUCUUCUUCUCAUCCGUGUUUUUUCAACAUUACUGCUGCACAGCUGCGCCUCAGCCCUGUCAGAAAGAAAAACAGUUGUCACUUGCAUGUAAAUUGAUCAUUAAGUCAGUUCUUCCUAUAUUCAGAUGUGUAAACGUGCUGGAAAGGCACGUGGAGAAAUGCAGCAUUUACACAAAUGCUAAAGAUCACCACAUAACUUUUCAGCUCCUCUGCAGAAAUGGUAUUGUAAAAACACAUAAUCUGGCUUUUCAAGAAUGUGACCCAUUGCAGGCUGUUUUUGCAAAGCACAUGUGUCCAAAUGUCCUCAGAGCCCACUCCAGGCUGCUGACUGAUAUAAUGGUUCACUUUCCAACGAGUCAAGAAGAAGUCACCUUAUCAGUUACUCCAACGAGGGCUUGCUUCAGGAGUUACACUGAGGAAGACACUGACUUUUCAAAGACAAUGGUCACCGAAAUACAGCUGAGUCCAGAUGAGUUUGACUACUUUCAAGUUGGAGUCGAUUCCGAAGUGACGUUUUGCCUUAGAGAACUGAGGGGACUGCUGGCGUUUUCAGAAGCUACCAGUGUUCCUGUCUCCAUCCACUUGGACAUGCCUGGGAAACCAGUUGCUUUCAGCAUUGAAGACGCAGUGCUGGAAGCCAGCUUUAUUUUGGCUACGCUGUCUGACAUCAGAAGUGAGAUGGCUUCCCAGGAGCCUGCGUGCUUCUCACAGAUGCAGGAAAGGUAACAGCAGGCUGCAGAGGUGGGGGAGGGAGGCAGACUGGAACAGCAGGCUGAAACAGCUGAGUUUAAGAUUCUCCUACUCAGUGAUGUGCAGGGUAUUCAUAAGCACUGUACUUAUCCUGGAGCCUUUAUUCAUAGGAAAGCUGUGCAUUGGAUAGAUUCAGAAAAAGAUUGAAAUAGUUUGAGAUGCAAAGCACGACAGCUAGACCACUCCCUCCCCAUCAGUGCAUUUGUUACCCUGAAGCUCGCAGCUAUGUCUGAUACUCGUAUAGGCAGUGCCACAGCUCUGACAGCCACCGUGUGCUUGAGCACCAACGCACCUCACAUCUUACCUGUCAGCACAGGAAAGGUUUAGCCAGAUGCUCCCUUCUUGAUCACAGAUCAUUUUCCUUACUUGCACUGCUGCACCACUUCUGCAGCAGACGGUGAGCCAGGAGCCGAGAGUUUGGGCGCCAUUUCUUGAUAACACGAACAGCACAGAGACUUCUGGUGCAAGGGGGAGCACUCCAUACUCUUGCAGCUUUAUCUCCAUGGGGCUUUGUUGCAGUGAGAGGGGUUGUGGAGAAGCUAAGCUAAAGCUGUAGUGCCUUCCAUUAGCACUAAGACCUCCUAACAAAGGCACGCAGGAGGAUGUUACAAAACUGACCUAUUCCCUCUGAUUCAGCUCAAAGCCACGUGUGCACAAAUGCUUUGAUAAGGAUGGCAGCGCUGAAGCAGUUGCUUCCAAAAAGCCGCGAUGGAACGGGCA